CUAGCAGGUGGGGCAGCCGCGGGACUCCUGGGCCUGCGGGGAGCUGAGGGGCGGGUGAGAGAGGAAAGUGGGCGGGAAGCCUCAGGACUCGUCGCUGGAGUGGCCGGCAGCUGUCGGGCGCCGUCUGGGGGCAUCCUGCGCCGGCCGGUCGGGAUGAGCCAUGGCAUCGGUCAAGGUGGCCGUGAGGGUCCGGCCCAUGAAUCGCAGGGAAAAGGACUUGGAGGCCAAGUUCAUUAUUCAAAUGGAGAAAAGCAAAACAACAAUCACAAACUUAAAGAUACCGGAAGGAGGGACUGGGGAUUCAGGAAGAGAACGGACCAAGACCUUCACCUAUGACUUCUCUUUUUAUUCUGCUGAUACAAAAAGUCCAGAUUAUGUCUCACAAGAAAUGGUCUUCAAAACCCUGGGCACAGAUGUUGUGAAAUCCGCAUUUGAAGGUUACAAUGCUUGUGUCUUUGCAUAUGGGCAGACUGGAUCUGGGAAGUCCUACACCAUGAUGGGGAGCUCUGGUGACUCUGGCUUAAUACCUCGCAUCUGUGAGGGCCUCUUCAGUCGGAUAAAUGAAACCACCCGAUGGGAUGAAGCAUCAUUCCGAACGGAAGUCAGCUAUUUGGAAAUUUACAAUGAACGGGUGAGAGAUCUGCUUAGGCGGAAGUCAUCUAAAACCUUCAAUUUAAGAGUCCGGGAGCAUCCCAAAGAAGGCCCUUAUGUUGAAGAUUUAUCCAAACAUCUGGUACAGAAUUACAGUGAUGUGGAAGAACUUAUGGAGGCAGGAAACAUCAAUCGCACCACGGCUGCGACUGGCAUGAAUGAUGUCAGUAGCAGGUCUCAUGCCAUUUUCACAAUCAAGUUCACUCAGGCAAAAUUUGACUCUGAAAUGCCGUGUGAAACAGUGAGCAAGAUCCACUUAGUCGACCUGGCUGGAAGUGAGCGCGCGGAUGCUACUGGGGCCACCGGGGUUAGGCUGAAGGAAGGGGGAAACAUCAACAAGUCCCUCGUGACUCUGGGGAAUGUCAUUUCUGCCUUAGCUGAUCUAUCUCAGGAUGCAGCAAACUCUCUUGUGAAAAAGAAGCAAGUCUUCGUGCCUUACAGGGAUUCUGUUUUGACUUGGUUGCUGAAAGAUAGCCUCGGAGGAAACUCUAAAACCAUCAUGAUUGCCACCAUUUCACCUGCUGAUGUCAAUUACGGAGAAACCCUGAGUACUCUUCGCUAUGCAAAUAGAGCCAAAAACAUCAUCAACAAGCCUACCAUUAAUGAGGACGCCAACGUCAAGCUCAUCCGUGAACUGCGAGCUGAAAUCGCCAGGCUGAAAAUGCUGCUUGCUCAAGGGAAUCAGAUUGCUCUGCUGGACUCCCCCACAGCUCUAAGUAUGGAGGAAAAACUUCAGCAGAAUGAAGCAAGAGUUCAAGAGUUGACCAAGGAGUGGACAAACAAAUGGAACGAAACUCAAAAUAUUUUGAAAGAACAAACCCUAGCCCUUCGAAAAGAAGGGAUUGGAGUUGUUUUGGAUUCUGAACUCCCACAUUUGAUUGGCAUUGAUGAUGAUCUUCUGAGCACUGGAAUCAUCCUGUAUCACUUGAAGGAAGGUCAGACAUAUGUCGGUAGAGAAGAUGCUUCAACAGAGCAAGAUAUUGUUCUCCAUGGCCUUGACUUGGAGAGCGAGCACUGCAUCUUUGAGAAUGCUGGGGGCGUCGUGACUCUCACCCCACUGAAGGGGUCUCAGUGCUCCGUCAAUGGUGUCCAGAUCACAGAGGCCACGCACCUAAACCAAGGUGCUGUGAUACUCUUGGGCAGAACUAAUAUGUUUCGGUUUAAUCAUCCAAAGGAAGCUGCCAAACUCAGGGAGAAGAGAAAGAGUGGCCUUCUGUCCUCCUUCAGCUUGUCCAUGACCGACUUCUCCAAGUCCCGUGAGAACCUGUCCGCCGUUAUGUUGUAUAAUCCCGGUCUUUUACCUAUAAAAGGACCCAUCUGUCUAAGACUUGAAUUUGAAAGGCAACAGCGUGAAGAACUUGAGAAAUUAGAAAGUAAAAGGAAACUCAUAGAAGAAAUGGAGGAAAAGCAGAAAUCAGACAAGGCCGAGCUGGAGCGAAUGCAACAGGAGGUGGAGACGCAGCGCAAGGAGACGGAGAUCGUGCAGCGUCAGAUCCGCAAGCAGGAGGAGAGUCUCAAGCGGCGCAGCUUCCACAUCGAGAACAGGCUCAAGGAUCUGCUCGCCGAGAAGGAGAAGUUCGAAGAGGAGAGACUCCGGGAGCAGCAAGAGGUGGAGCUGCAGAAGAAGAAGCAGGAAGAAGAGGGCCUUCUCCGCCUCAGGGCCGAGCUGCAGAGGCUGCAAGAACUCAACAGCAGCGAGAAGCUUCAGAUCUUUCAAGAGCUGGACCAGCUCCAGAGGGCAAAAGAUGAGCAGCGUGCCAAGCUGGAACUGGAAAAGAGGAGGCUGGAGGAGCAAGAGAGGGAGCAGACCUUGCUUGUGGCCCAGCUCGAGGAACAGCUCCGAGAGAAGCAGGAGAUGACCCAGCUCCUGCGGCUUGGCGAGGUGCAGCGGGCAGAGGAGGAGAAGAAGGACCUGGACGAAAUCCGGGAGGCCCUCCUGCGCGUGAGGGAGGCCGGGGCCAGAGGGGACAGCGACGGCGAGGAGGAGCUGAGGAAGGCCCAGCUGCGCUUCUUGGAUUUCAAGAGAAGGCAACUGGUCAAGCUGGCGAAUUUGGAGAAAGACCUAGCCCAGCGGCAAGACCUCCUGAGGAAAGAAGUUGAGGAGGACCAGGAAAUCCUGGGGCAUUUAAAAUGUGUGCAUGACGAUGAAGAGUCAAGUGUGUUGGCAGAAAGUGACGAGAAGGUGGCAGAGGUCGCCCACGCAGCUCCAGAUUUAGAGAAAAUAAAGCCAGUGGAGAGCAGGCUGCAAUAUAAGGAACGCCAGCUGCAGUACCUCCUGCAGAACCAUUUGCCAGCGCUGUUGGAUGAAAAGCAGAGAGCGUUUGAAAUCCUCGACAGAGGCGUGCUGAGCCUGGACACCAUUCUUUAUCAAGUCGAGAAAGAGAUGGAGGAGAAAGAAGAACAGCUCGCUCGAUACCAAGCCAGCACCAGCCAGCUGCAGAGGCUCCAAGCCACCUUUGAGUUCACGGCUAACGUGGCCCGGCAGGAGGAGAAAGUAAGGAGAAAGGAAAAGGAGAUUCUGGCUUCCCAGGAGAAGCAACAGAAAGAGGCGCUGGAACAGGCUGUGGCCAAGCUGGAGAGGAGGCACUCAGCCCUGCGGAGGCGCUCCGCCCUGGGCUUGGAAAUUGAAGAACAGAAGCAGAAGCUUGCCACCCUGCAGGGCAGCAAAGAGCAAGCCCGGCUCCACGCCGGCCUGCAGGCAACAGAGCAACAGGCCCUGGAGAAGGACCACGAGAGAUUAGAGCAUGAAAUCCAAAAGCUGAAGGAAAAGAUCUGUGAGGUUGAUGGUGCCCAAAGAGAUCAUGCUGGGAUGCUGGAGAGGAAGGCUGCUGCUGCUGACUUGCCAUCCAGUGCUGACAAACCACACCUGAUGCCCCUGAUGGAUGCCAGGAUCAAUGCUUACAUCGAAGAAGAAGUUCAAAGGCGUCUUCAGGAUCUUCAUCGUGGGCCAAGUGAGGACAGCGCCACCCCUGCGGAUGCGAGGAAAGAUAAUGAGAAACUUCACAAUGGCACCAUUCAACGUAAGCUAAAAUAUGAGCGGAUGGUUUCUCGCUCUCUGGGAGCAAAUCCGGACGACCUGAAGGACCCAAUUAAGAUUAGUAUUCCACGCUAUGUCCUCUGCGGGCAAGGCAAGGAUGAGCACUUCGAAUUUGAGGUCAAGAUCACUGUCCUAGAUGAGACAUGGACUGUGUUCAGGCGUUACAGUCGAUUUCGAGAGAUGCAUAAAACACUGAAGUUAAAGUAUGCAGAGCUUGCCGCCCUUGAGUUCCCCCCAAAGAAACUGUUUGGGAACAAGGAUGAACGCGUGAUUGCUGAGAGACGAAGUCACUUGGAGAAAUACCUCAGGGACUUUUUCAGCGUGAUGCUGCAGUCGGCGACAUCUCCUCUGCACAUCGACAAGGUGGGACUGACCCUCUCCAAACACAGCAUUUGCGAGUUCUCGCCGUUCUUCAAGAAAGGAGUCUUCGACUACAGCAGCCACGGGACGGGGUAGCGCCAAGGGUGACGGUGGAUCCGCCAACACAGUGCCUUCUUGUCAACGCGGUCAGAUGCCAGGUGGCCUCCUUCUGCCAAGGCAGGCUCUCAGCAGCCAGUUGGAUCACCUCACAUUUUCCUACCUAGUGCCUGAGUCUGGGAACAUGGGCGGGUUGGGUGGGAGGGCAUUGCCUGCUGCUGCUGCUCACCUGGACAGGUGGCUGUCACUGUUCCAUUGCAGGCGAAUGUGGCCUUUUCCCUGUGCUUCCUUCUCUCUGCUCAGCAGAGUCCAUCCCCCAUGGUGAGAUGGAUGUGGCUUGAUGUUCUCAGGCUGCCCAAGCCAAGCCGACCUGGGACCUCCCGAAGUGGGUGGCUACCAGACCACCCUUAAAUGACUUUCAUCUGGUUUCUUCUUUCACCAAAAUACCCUCCGAGAUUUCUUUUUUAUAUUCCUACCAUGUGGCUGGCUAUAUCCCAAGAAAAGCAUUCUAAAAUAUUUCACUCUACUUUUUUUCCCCCUCAUUUGAAUCAAAACUUUUCUAUAAUGCCUAAACACUGAUGUUUACACAGAAUUUUAUAUUCUGCAAGAGGAAUUUUUUUGAGCCAAUCAUGACUAAAGUCUUCCAUGCUUGACAAAUUGGAUGUAAGUGGCAUCACUUAAAACUUGUAUAAAUCCCUACAAAUAGGACGUUCAUUUAGCCUUGACUGUUCGAGGACAUUUUUCCCAAAUCGAAGUAGCUACUGUGUAUCCCCAAGCUUUUUCUGCUAAGCACAAAACAAGCGCAAAGCUGAAUGCAUCUUUUUAAAUGCGGUUUUGUUCACAUGUUUGUUACAGAAUUUGCUGGAUCUUCAGCUGAAAAACUAGAAUUCACCAUAGGUUAUUAAUGAUCCCUUGAAUUA